UGGCGGUGGAGUAUCAUCCAGCAAUAAAAAUACAUUUAUACGCGUUGAAUCUUUCCACUUUUAGACCAUUAAAGUCGCACUCAUAUUUCGUCAGUCCACUGGCCGUUGACGCAGCGUUAUCCAGAAGGUGUGUGUCACUAUGUGCACGGACUGCCUCUGCGUCGUCUCUGCGCCCCUCCCUCUCCGAGUCCCAGUAUCACCGACAGCCCCGCGAUGCUGUCAUAACCAACACGUUUAUCGUUGACGACGCAGAGAGGGGCUGCCGUGUUUUCUGAAUGGUAACUGUGAUCGGGUUGCAUUGAUUCCUAAGCAGAAUACGGGCCUUAUGUAUGUAUGUGCGACCACCUUCGGAGACAUAACGGGCUGCUCGUUACAGGCUGAAGCCGUUUCUUCGAGGAUACGUGCGCGUCAUAUGUUAUAGGCUAUAGCUGAGGUCCAUGUGAAUACAUGCCUUUAGAUGUCGGGAGGCUUUCCGAGGGCAGUACUGAGCUAUAAAAGUGCGGCAGCGAUGUGCACGUCCGACGGCCACACGGAGCGAGCGCAGUGAGAGACCGUUUGUUCCACUGUAGUCUUUGACUUUUCAGCUGUCGGUCACAGGCAGGGUUCAGGCUCUCCGCUUCAGCUCCUCACUUGGUUCACCGCCUGGUUUUAUGCGACGUCAUGAGUUGAUCGCGCCUGACAGAUGUUGCUGUGUUGCAGAUGCACAGGCAUCGCUCCUCACGUUCUUCUCGCUGCUGUUUAAGCGUUGAUUAGGUUAAAUAAUAAUAAUCAUAACAAGAAGAAGCUGAUUAUAUUCUAAAUGUUAAGCCCUCGCUUUGCUCUCGGACAGAUCGCAGCGUUCAUUUAGUCUUCGUGAUUGCAUAAAAUGAUACCUGGAUCCGCCGCAUCAAUGCUACCGUCAGCAGAAGCCGCGAAACUGUACCAGACCAAUUACGUCCGCAACUCCCGUGUGAUCGGACUUCUGUGGGCCAUCUUCACUAUUCUGUUCGGUAUUGUUAACGUGACCAUCUUCUCGCAGCCCUAUUGGAUUGGAGAUGGCAUGGAUACGCCGCAGGUCGGCUACUUCGGCCUUUUUCAUUAUUGUAUUGGAGACGGAGUCUCCAGAGACCUGACCUGCCAGGGUAGCUUCACUGAGUUCUCCGCUAUCCCCUCUGGUGCGUUCAAGGCCGCUUCCUUCUUCAUUGGAAUGUCUAUGAUGCUGGUCGUCACCUGCAUCGGCUGCUUCAGUCUCUUCUUCCUCCUCAGCACAUCCACCGUGUACAAGAUCUGUGGCUGGAUGCAAGCAGCAUCAGGUGUCUGUCUGGUGCUGGGUUGUAUGAUCUAUCCUGAUGGAUGGGACAGCGACGAGGUCCGGCGGAUGUGCGGAGAGCAGACUGACAAGUACAGCCUGGGCGCGUGCUCCGUUCGCUGGGCUUAUAUCUUGGCUAUCAUGGGCAUCCUGGACGCCCUCAUCCUCUCCUUCUUGGCUUUCGUCCUGGGGAACCGGCAGGACGGCCUCAUGACAGAGGAGCUGCUGGCUGAAAGCAAGGAUGGAGGGAAUGCCUAAUCAAAUCAUUAGGUUCCCGAAGAUCCACGUGUCUGUUUUCAUAAAGUACCAGUCGAUCAACAUCAGCUUAAAAAGGAGGGAGGCGGUCCGAGUGUGUGGUGGAAAGGAAUUCUGUUGAACCAGCCAGCCUGCCUUUUGCAACUACCUGCCAAAAAAACCCAAUGUAACCUACCUUUGAUGUUGUGCUCACCGUUGUGCUCACAGUCCUUACGUCAUCCCCAGCAUUUAGAUGGAGCCCAAAGCACUUCUAUCCUAAUGUGUCCGAGCCUUGCACAACAUUUCAUAGACCAUGGCAAGGGGCAGAGACUGUUAAUCUGUCGACAAGUAUAUGGACUACCCACUACCUACCUGCAAAGACACAGGGUUGACAUUGUACACUUGCAUUGUGAGCACAGACAAAA